UGGAGGAAUGCUUGGAUUAUAGAUUUCCGAAACUGCAACUAUUAUUAUUAUUGAAUAGUUUUAAGGUUGCUUUAAAUCUGAAUAUGAUUGCUUCGAGCAUAGAUGUAAACAAGUGUUAUCAGUCGCUGGAUACGCGGUAAAAUUGCCGGAUUUACGGGUAAUAACCGGGUUAAGGAAAAUCUAGCCGGGUGGUUUCCCGGUACAUCCAUAGUUAUAUUUCUCGUUCAAUAAAAACUAAAUGAAAAUCGGAUAGAUAGUUUCCAUUAUAUAUUUCUGCUGCUGAAGUUCUUGGCUGUGUUUCUUGAUUGCAACGGUUGCUACAGCAACGAUUCUUUAUUUCUACCAUCAGUCUCCACGCCAUCGCCAAAGGCAAAAAAAAAAAUCUUAAAUCCAGAAUUAGAUCGUUUGUUAGGAAGAUGCGAGAUAUAAGCAAGUUAUUAAAUAAGACAUAAUACAUAUUAAAGGACUUCAUGCCUCAUUAACCUUUUUUAAUAACAAUUCUAAAUAGCUUAUAGGAACUUUCAUAUCAUCUACAUAAAUGAAAUAUUUCUUUUGAUACAGUUAUGGCAGAGGAGAAACCAACAGAAAAGGACCCUCUUCAAGCUGUGAAAGAAGCUGAAGCUAGAAUUCUUAAAUUGCAAGGAGACGUUCAACAUCUAAAACAAAGAAUUCAGCUAUUAGAAUCAGAAGAAAGAGCCGAAAUAGAAGAAAGCAAUAAGAAAAUUAAAGAUAAUGAAGAGUUAAUUAAGAAACUUAGAGUACAAGUUCAAGAUUUACAGAUUAGACGAAACAAAGGCCUAGAAGGCGAUGAGGAUGUCAUUGCAGAAUCUUUUAGGAGACAUUCACGAGAAAUUGGAAUUCUCGCAAGAAAAACAGGUCCGGAAGCUGUAGAAAUUCUGGACGGGAAAGUGUUGGAUCUUAUAAAAAAAAGUAACGCUUUAACAUAUGAGAUAAAAAUGAAGGAAAAAGAAUUAGCAAAAUACAAAAAGGAGGCGAGAGAUAUAGCUUGGAAUAUGUACAAUGAAUUUGAGCUUGAACGUGCUGAAUCAGAAACAGAACGAAGAGUUCGAGAGAUGGAGAACGACUAUCAAAAGGUUGAAAAGAAUUUAAUAGAAUGCCAAAUUAUACAGUCAAAAUACAAAGCAAUACGGGAGCAAUUACAAAGAGAACUAUUAGUUUACCCUACCUUACUUGAAGAACUCGAAGAAAAAUCUCGAGAGCAGAAAGAGGAUCUCAACAAACUCAUGGCAAGUGAAGAAAAGGCUCAUGAAAGACGAGAGAUGGCUCGAAAAGAACUGACAAAAGCAGAAGCUGAAGCUUUAAAAGCCAGACAAGAAAAAGAACGCAUAGUCAGCGAAUACAGCAAAGCUUUGAAACCAAAACAAAUCACCACUGAAAUGCAAUCAAUGGAACUUAGAGAAUCAGAAGCUGCUGAAGAAUGGCGAAAAUUAAGAGCUAGUCAAGAAUCUGAACUGGAAAAUCUUCAUAAGGCAUUUGAGAAGAUAAAAGAAGCCAUAGGAAUUUCUGAUAUUAAUGAUGCAGAAGCAAGAUUUAUUUCCCAAAAAGCAACAGAAGAAGAGCUAUCACAACUAUUAGCAAGUGCAGAGCAGAGGUUAAAUGAUUUGAAAGACGAAGCUGCAGAGCUUCGAAUAAAAAAUGAGAGUUUACGAGGUGCAAAGUUGUCUACACCUCAAGUAGUUUUAGAACAAAGACUAAAAGAAGCAGAAUCUAAACAGGAAGAACAAUUGAAGAGGAGAGAAAUGGCUGAGGCUGAACUUGAGAGAAUAAAAACUUUGUAUGCAGAUAUAAAAUCUGGCUUAUGGCAACAGCUUCAACUCAUGGAAAAGUAUUUGAAAGAGAGUAAUGAAGAGGAAACAGCUCCAGAUGCAAAAGCCAUAGUCAUAGUUUCGAAAAUUGAACAAUACUUGGAGAGAAUUUCUGAUACAUUGAAAGAUCAAGAUUUAGAGGAACUCAAAGCUAAAUUAAAGGAUGAACAAUUCCUACAAAAAAUUGAGCCUCCAAAACUAGUGCCCUCUGCGGGAGCAGCUAGAAAAUUGAAGGCAACAGAAGAAGAAGAAUCUAGCGAUGAUGAAGAUUUUGAAAAGAAAAGAACUGCCCUUAAAGAAGAAGCCCAAGUUUAUGCAGAAAUGAAAAAGAAGCAACAGGGACGAGGUCGAAUGAUGAUGUUAUAAAAUAUUACUAUACAUUCCUUUUACAAUUAAAAAGGUAUUUCAAAGAA